UUCCUGGGACCCACGCUGGACCAUGGGUAAAUACCAACUCCUGCUUCCUUCGCUGUCUUGUACCGAGCGCCGUUGUAUCGGCGACAUAGUCAAUGCUCGCGAGCUUCCAUUAAAAAGGGACAUUUGAAAUCAAAUGUCCCUAGACAACGCCGUGAGUCGCUAGGGUUUGUACUUUUCUUCGCCGGCGUUCGUUGAUCCAGAGCCGUUAGAUUCUCGGAGCUUGGUACUACGACGAUGACGCAUGGCGGAAGCGGCGGCGACGUAGAGUCGGAGUUUCACCUCCCGGACGAGAUCCUGGCGGUGAUGCCUUCGGAUCCUUACGAGCAGCUAGACCUCGCGAGGAAGAUAACCUCCAUGGCGAUUGCGUCGCGGGUCUCCAAGCUGGAUCUCGAGGCCGUCCGCCUAAGGCAAACCGUCGCGGAAAAGGAUCAGACCAUCGCCAACCUCCAGGAAAGGAUCUCGCAGCUCGACCGCAUGUUUCAGGAGACGGAUGCCCGCCUUAAGGCCGCCCUUGAGGAGAACAUUACACUGGCUGACGAGCGGGAUUCAUUAGCUCAGACAUCAAAGAAAUUGGCUCGUGAUUUAGCAAAGUUGGAGACAUUCAAGAAGCAACUCUUGUUGUCAUUGAAUGAUGAUAAUUUACCUGUAAGUGAGCACACUGCAAAUGUUAACAUGAAGCAACAGGAUACUGUGGACAUACAGACCGACAAUUCUUCAGUUGCAUAUUCAUCCUCAUACAAAGAUGAAAUUUCCUUCAGUGGUCCUGUGCCAUAUUCUGCCAGUGGAUCUAUGGAUUUUGGGGGUGUGACGCUAAAUGCAACUAAGCCAUUUGGACAAAAACCCUCCAAGACCCCACCUAUUCAUCCUCGGCUCACCCCCCCAACAACUACACCAAAAGUAACCUCCACUAGUGGUUCUCCUAGAAAAUCUGCAGUUGUUACAGUGCCAAAAUAUGCAUCUGGUGCCGCUUCUCCGACAAAUACUCACUUUGAAAAUUUAACUGCCAUGUCACCAUGGUAUCCAUCAAGCAAGCAGUCAUCAGCUGCUAGCUCUCCACCUCGUGGGCGGUCUAUUUCAGGCCGUACUCCUCGAGUUGAUGGAAAAGAAUUCUUCCGGCAAGCUAGGAGCCGUCUCUCUUAUGAACAAUUUGGAGCUUUUUUAGCUAACAUCAAAGAGCUUAAUGCUCAUAGACAAUCACGCGAGGAAACUCUCAGAAAGGCAGAAGAGAUAUUUGGAACCAAAGAUAGGGAUCUUUUCUUGUCAUUUCAAGGCCUUCUCAGUAGAAAUCAAGCCUAGAGAUUUGAUUGAAACUUAAUAUCUCAUCCCUUUUCAGAAGUUUUAUUCGAGUGCCCCCUGCAACACUCACAUUGAUUCUGCUAUUGAAGGUUGCAACUGUAAUCAGUCAUCAUGAAAGCCUCCAUGUUACUGAAGUUUUAAUUGCUCAUGUUACCUAAGCUUAGAUUCUGCCAUGCGAGACUGGCAAAUCUGCUCCAAGAAAUCAAACAAAGAUUAGUAGGCAUUUUGGAUGGUUAUUCAAGAUCCUUGGGCGAUUAUUUGGAGUUGGUCUAAGUAUGAACUCUUUGGCAAGAACAGCUUGGUACAGUUUGGAAAUUACAAUAAUAAAUUGUGGCGACUGUAAUAAGGUCCUGUCUUUUGCCUGUGUUAGGAUUGAAAUUUGUGAAUCGGCCUUGUGAUUGUACACUCUUGCUUCAGCGACGAUGAGUGAUAGUUCUGUAUACCUGAUUUCUUGUUUAAUGAUAUUUUAUCUUUUUCA